CCAUCAGCGAUCAGUCUUUCCUCGUUCGUACGCGCGAUUUGACGAAAAACACGUACGCCGCGCACAACCUUUGCGCGUGACUACAUUCAAAGUGAGGAAAAAAGAUAAAAAGUUAACAGUAAUGCAUAGAGUGCGAGGAAAAUAGGGUGAAAGCACCUCAUCGAAGGAAAUAAAGAUACUCUUUUUCGUUCUUCAAGGAAGAAAAUACAUUUCUUUUUACCUUGUGUUUAUCGCGCGUUUUUCCUAGAAAAAAAUAUGGAUUUUUAAAAUUAUUUUUAUAACGAAUACAAGAAUGCACCCCUGGAACCUGGAGUAAUGUUCCACAAAAGUAUAUAUCAAUUCGUGUUUCUCGACGGAAGGAUUGCAGAAAUAAGAAUACAAGUAAUUGUAGAUCUUACAAUAAGAAGACAAUCAUAACAUCGAAAUCAAAUUAGACGAAAAAGUGGAGGAAAGUGAGAGGUGAUUUGAGGCAGAUUAAUUUGGAGGGUAUAAAAUUAAAGAAAUGCCGCCAUACGAGGAGAGAAUACCAACCACGACUUGCACCCUGCAAGAAAAAGUCACUGCGGAUGAAGGAAAUCAGGAUACGGAUUGUAUAGUUGAUGAAAAGAAAAACGGAAUCCACAAGCGUGAAGGUGAUACAGACAAAAUUGAAUAUAUUCCUCAAAUCAAAUGGCCCGAUCUUAUAGCUCAAGCCUUCAUUCACUUCGGUUGUGUUUAUGGAUUCUACCUUUGUUUAACACAAGCGAAAGGCCUCACGUUUCUCUGGGCCUUCAUCAUGAUUUACACCUCUGGAUUUGGUAUCACUGCUGGUGCCCACAGGCUUUGGUCACAUCGAGCCUAUAAAGCGAAAUGGCCGUUGAGACUACUUUUAGUGUUUCUCUUCACAAUUACUGGGCAGAGGCACGUGUAUGCAUGGGCAUUGGAUCAUAGAGUUCAUCACAAGUAUACAGAAACUGAUUCUGACCCUCAUAAUGCUAAAAGAGGGUUUUUCUUCGCCCACGUUGGAUGGCUUUUUACUACCCCCCAUCCAAAUGUAGUCGCGAAACGAGAAGCCGUCGACAUGAGUGACUUGGAGGCGGAUCCCAUUGUUAUGUGGCAAAAGAGAUUGUACGUUCCACUCUUUGCUCUCCUGGCCAUUGGCCUUCCAGUAUUCGUGCCCUGGUAUUUUUGGAACGAAACUCUAUGGAAUUCAUUUUGGGUGGGUUUCAACUUCCGUUUCUCCAUCACCCUCAACAUUGCAUUUUUCGUCAAUAGUGUUGCACAUAUGUGGGGACAACGACCAUAUGAUAAAAAUAUUUCGCCAGUGGAGAACAUAGCUGUUUCAAUUGCAGCGCUUGGAGAAGGCUGGCAUAAUUAUCACCACGUUUUUCCAUGGGAUUACAAAACUGGUGAGCUUGGUGAUUAUUCCUUCAACAUUACAACUGCAUUCAUCGAUACCUUCGCUCGUUUUGGAUGGGCCUACGAUCUCAAAAGUGUCUCCCCAGCAAUGAUUCGCCGUCGGGCUAACAAAUAUGGAGAUGGAAGUCACGAUGUUCACGAUAAUCAAGUUUGGGGCUACGGAGAUCGCGAUAUACCCCCAGAAGACUUGCGUGAACUCGAAAAAAUGGAGACAAAACUUGAAUAAACUCAAAGAACUAUUUGCCAUUUCAGGCCUAAAAUAGGCGCACGUGUAUCAAACGCUAUUUUUUGCAACAACCGUCCUAGAAAAUUACUUCGAAUUUUUUUACACUUUUUCACGAAGUUAACGACUCGAAUGCGUAUCACGUUCUCAAAGAAUUUUAAAGAAUAUUUUUAUAUUUUAUAAUGCGCAUGCGCCAAUAUUAUUCUUGCACAUCCUGGUGAAUUGAAGCACUUUGCACAUUAUUUAGGCGUAUGGAAACCCUUACUUUCGAAUUGCGCCUUGAAAUUGUAAUUUUUGUUCAUAUAAAAUAUGGUCUUUUUAUUCCGUGGAAAAUGGAAAACAACUCAGGAAACACUUUUAUUUAUUGAUCGUGAUGUAUGUUGCAAAUUUGUAGGCAAAUAAUGUUGCUGUUAUUUUUGCGUUGUCUCUCUUUGAAAAUACUACUCCUCUGUUGUUUUACUAUCCAUCAAUUUAAAAAAUAUAGUUUCUGUAAUUUCAUAUUAUGUAGCAUGAUAAAAAAAAAUGCAGACACGACAUUCAGUAUCGGAAAGAACGUUCUCCGCUUAUUAUUAUCGUUUAAAUUUCAUUGCGCGUACACGGAAAAUAAUUUGUAUCAAUAAAAAUAAAAUAUAUCUUAUUAAAAUAUAUUUUUUUUAAACAGCCAAUUGUAACCUCGAUUCAAGAAGUGUCAUAAUAUUUGAAUAAGCUGUUUGGCGUCAUGAGUUUCAGAUGUCAUCCACAAUCGAAACGUCACGUACAAAUUAUUGGUUACUAAAAAAUACAGAGAAGUAAAAUAAAUUUUGAUCCAAGUAUUUAAAAAAUACAACUUUUUUCUUGGUAUGAAUGGAUAAUUAUUGAUAUAAUAGAUUUUGAAAGAAUAUUGAGUGCUCUUUAUCUUUAAGGUCGAAAACUGUGAUUUGUGACAGUCCAUUGGUAGAUUUAUAUACUCACAGUGUCUUCAUUAUUCUUUUUCAUGAAUGUUUAAUGUGCCUUAUAACAUAUAAUUGCAAAAUAAUUGAGUUGUCACAAUUUUUCUCGAUUUUCUACGUUGAGUUUCGUUUUUUUUUCUUUUUGGACUUCUUCUCGAUAACAAAUCGAUAACAAUAUUUAUUAAACGUGAAAACCUUAAUUGAAUUAGCAUGCAAGGUUCAAUAGCUAUAUUAUAUCAGAAUUUGUAGUUUUUUUACGAAUUAUAUUAUAAGCAAUACGUAUCUCCUGAUUUUCUCUUCUUUUGUGUAAGAUAUUACAAUUUUCGUGAAUUAUAACUUAAAAUGUUAAAAUUCAAACGUACCACUCCAAGCACAUGAUGUUCAGACCUGCAGUAAUUAUUCUAUGUAUAUAGAUUUGUCUUGAAUUCUGUUGUUAUUAAAUAAUAUAGUACCGGUAAAAAUUGUCAGCCCACUCAAAAAAUCGUAUAAAAGCGAUAAAUUAAGUUACAACGAUAAAAAAAAAGUUAGAAAACUAAUGUUCUUCUUAAAUUAAUCGAAGUCAUGUUUUUAAAUUGAUUUUUUUAAUGCACAGAUAAUUCUAUUCGGUAAUGUAUGUGAAUUUAUAAAGCCAUGUUGUAAAAGUGAAAAUGUCGCUCGUGUAAUAUACUCGUAAUUUAGAUAGGGGACAUUUAAUUGCCGUAAAUUUUAACGCACAUAUUGAAAUUGAUGAAAAUAGCGUUCUGCCAAAUGUGCUCUUUCAAAUUCGAUGAUUUGAUAUUUUUUGAGAAUUUUGUAUCGCCGUUGUGGCUAGUUUUAAGAAUCGCUUGUGUAAUAAAUGUAAAAAUGUAACUUAGUGACUAUGUCGUAGAUUAGUAUUGAACAAUAUCGAUACAAAUUUAUUAACAGAAAAAUGUAACGCAAAUAAACUCUUGCAUGUAGAAAGAGAGAGAAUAUUUUUGAAAAAUAAAAUCGAAUGUUUUCGUUCAUAGAAAAAAGAUAUGUAAGAGACUUUUCGCUUUAAAUUAUUUUCUUAUACCUGAUAAGAAAAAGUCAACCUUAACAAAAAUGCCACUUAUGUAUCUUUUUACUUUGGAGCGCAGAGUAAAGGAAAAAUGUUUCUAAAGAAAACUAUGAAUAACCAAAUAAUUAUAAUUAAAUAUAUAAACAAACGAUGCAAUCAUUGCAAAGAAAAUUUUGUACAAGCUUUAUUUCUACAAGAAAUAUUAUAUUAGAUUAAUUAGCUUUACACUUAUUAAAUAUAAGAUACAAUCUGAACAACUUAAAGAAACAAAAUAUUGAGUGAGAUCAUCCUCAGUGGAUUACUAAAAAUGUGUGAAUAAGAUUCCAUUUCAUAAUAUACAAAACUAUUUAUAUGUGCUUCUUAAUUUAUAUAACAUUAAACUUUCAGCUAAAAUGCGAAACUUCCAUUGCAGGUAAAAGAAUUAUACAUAGUGUGAAACAUUGUAUAUUUUUUUCCACUAUGUAUAAACUAUACAUAAUUUUUCGGCCUGGAACGAAAUUGCCCAUAUUUUUUUUGUACAUUUUCAAGGAGAGCCUAAUGCUGUUAAUUUCUGCAACCGAAAUAAGUUAGUUAAUAAUUUAUUAUUAGCAUGUCAGGAAAUAAGAGGGCCUAAAAUUGAGGAAAGUCAGUAAAAUUGCUAAAAUCAAAUGUAAGAAAGAAGUCAUUUACAAAAUAAGUGUUACGAUAUCUACAUCUAUUAGGUAUUACGCAGGGAUUUUUUCAAAAUCUCUUAACUAUGUAUUACUAAUGUUGUGAAUUUUCCCAAAAAUGGUGUUCGUAAUAAAUAAAUAUCUAUCAAUGAACUGACUAUUUAAGAAA